AUGAAAAGGAUAUCAACAAUCGACUACAUUGAGAAAGACACGGUUGUCAAAGCAACGAGACUGUCUCAUGCGAUCCACGUCCAUCCGUUCUACCGUCGCAUUCCCACGCCAGCUAAACGAGACACCAUUACUCAGCCCCAUGCUCCCUGGGGGCUAGCCCGCAUUUCCCAUCGCGCACGCAACUUUGCUGACUACGUCUAUGACACGUCAGCAGGCCAAGGGGUGCGCGUGUAUGUCCUCGACACCGGGAUUCGGACGACACACGCUGAGUUUUUAGAUGAUCCGUGGGAGUUGGCGAACAGCACAACGACCAAUGGUACAACAUUUUUUGGCCGCAGCCGCGCCAUCUGGGGAGCCAACUUCGUUGAAAACACUCCUGACAUUGACGAAGAUGGACACGGGACCCAUGUUGCCGGAACAAUUGCAGGCCGAACCUACGGCGUCGUAAAGAAAGCCACGGUCGUCGCGGUCAAGGUGCUGGACAAGACUGGAUCAGGGUACAUGUCUGGAUUGUUGCAGGGGCUCAAUUGGGCCGUUUCGGAUGCAACAAAACGUGGAGUUGCAUCCCGCAGCGUCAUUAAUAUGUCGUUGGGCGGGCCAUACACACAAUCAGUCAACGAAGCCGUGAAGGCAGCCACCGACAUGGGCAUCACAGUCAUUGCGGCUGCAGGUAACGACAGAGCUAAUGCAAGUGAGUACUCGCCUGCGUCUGCAAGCACAGCUAUCACUGUUGGGGCAAUCGGGCGGGAUGACUAUAAAGCGGAUUUUUCGAACUGGGGGCCGGGAGUCGACAUCUUCGCGCCUGGAGUCACAAUCCCGAGCGCGUUCGCGGAGCACGACAACGCCACAUUGAUGAUGAGCGGGACAAGCAUGGCUGCGCCACAUGUGGCGGGACUCGCAGCUUACUUCCUCGCCAAGGAUAACUUAAAGGGGUACACCGAGGUGUCAAGACAACUUUUGGAGCUGGCGACGGCUGGAGUGGGAGAUAAAGGUGAUGCGCCGGAUCGCAUUGCGUAUAAUGGCAACGAACAAUAG